UUCUCUCAUUUUUCCCGGAACCUUCUGCUUUCAAUCCAUUAUGUAUAUAUAACCACCCUUCUCUCACCCAUCUAAUCCCAAACCAGAGCAUCUCUUGUUCCUUCUUCAUCCUUUGCACACCUUCUGGUGUCAAAAGGAAUCAUGGCCACCUGCGUCGAGAAUUGCCGAGCCAAAGCUCCCUUCUGCAAGUUUGUAAUCAACAUCUCCCAGCCUGAUCUCGCCAACUGUUCUAACUGCACCAUCCCUGCCAACGACUCCAGCGAUGCCGCCGGCGACGACGUUUGGGCCAAGAUCCAAGAAGAAGCUUGGUCGGACGUCGAGGAAGAACCAGUCCUCCAGAAUUACUAUUUUGAUCUCAUCCUCUCGCACAAUUCCCUCGAGUCUGCCCUCACAGCGCAUCUUGCUAACAAACUAAGUCUUCCUAAUCUCAUGCCGACCAAUAGUCUCCAAGAAUUGCUAUGGAGCAUCGUUUCCAAGGAUCCGGUGAUCGGCCGGUCGGUGAGGGCCGAUCUCCGGGCGGCGAGGGACCGGGAUACGGCGUGCGCGAAGAUGGUCCACUGCUUUAUUUACUACAAAGGGUUCCUGGCGUUGCAGGCCCACCGGGUGGCGCACCGGCUGUGGGCGGAGGGGCGAGUGGCAGCUGCGCUGCUGCUGCAGAGCCGAACGUCGGAGGUGUUCGCCGUCGACAUCCACCCGGGGGCGAGGAUUGGGUCAGGUGUGUGGCUGGACCAUGCGACUGGGGUGGUGAUCGGCGAGACGGCGGUGGUCGGCGACGACGUGUCGAUCCUCCACGGCGUGACGCUGGGCGGCCCCGGGAAGGAGAGAGGCGACCGGCAUCCGAAGAUCGGCGACGGAGUCUUGGUGGGUGCGGGCACGCAGAUAAUGGGGAACGUGGAGGUCGGGGAGGGGGCGAAGAUCGGGGCGGGGUCGGUGGUGCUGCGGGCGGUGCCGCCAAGGACGACGGCGGUGGGGAACCCGGUGAGGCUAGUUGGUGGAAAAGGGAAGCCGGUCCGGCUUGGGAGGAGCGCGUCUUUGACCAUGGACCACACCUCGUGGUCGGAUUACGUCAUAUAAGGGCCAGGUUUGUACACGGAGCCUGUAAUAAGAUACGGUUUUUACAGGAGCGUUUCCAGGGUUCUUUAUUUUGAAAAAGAAAUGUCCCCACUUGCUAACUUGUGAUCAGAGAAUUUGGUAUACCCUGAGUAAAAUAGAAACAGUUAAAGCUAAUGUAGCUAUUUGUGA